AUGGCGGAUUAUAGUCCUAAUAUUCUGGAUGAGAUCCGAAGGGCAUAUCUACAAAAGGGACCUUGUCAACCUAGAAGUUAUAAAUUCCCACAAACUAAUCAAUCAGGAAUUAAUAGACGCUUCAUUGCUCAUUGGUUUGAUGAUCAUGAUUGGUUGGAAUAUAGUAUUGCUAAAGAUGCUGCGUUUUGUCUUCAUUGUUAUCUCUUCAAAUCUAAUUUUGAUCAAGUGGGUGGUGAUGCAUUCAUUGGGGUAGGCUUCAAUAAUUGGAAGAAGGCGAAAGAAAGAUUUAACCUUCAUGUUGGACCGGUUGGUAGUGUUCACAACCAAGCUAGAGAAGUUGCUUACAAUUUGAUGCAUCAAACUACACACAUUGAAACAAUUGUGAUCAAGCAAACAAGCCAAGCUCGCACGGCUUAUCGCACUUGCUUGAAUGCAUCACUUAAGUGCACUAGGUAUUUGUUGCGGCAAGGGCUUUCUUUUCGUGGUCAUGAUGAAAGUGCACAAUCAAGUAAUAAAGGGAAUUAUUUAGAGCUCUUGCAAUUUCUUGCGGAUCAUGAUGAAAAAGUUAAGGCCGUUGUGUUGGAAAAUGCUCCGGGAAAUUUAAAGUUAAUAGCUCCUUCAAUUCAAAAAGAUCUUGUCAAUUCUUGUGCCAAAGAAACCAUUGAUCUUAUCUUGAGUGAUGUAAAAGAUAGAUAUUUUUCAAUAAUGGUGGAUGAAGCACGUGAUGUUUCAAUAAAGGAGCAAAUGGCGAUGGGGUUGCGUUAUGUGAAUGACAAAGGACAAAUAAUUGAAAGGUUUGUGGGGGUUCAACAUGUAACCGACACUACUUCAAGUGCACUAAAGGAAGCAAUUGAUGAAUUCUUUUCUUCCGCGAAUUUGAGCUUUUCCAAGCUACGAGGACAAGGUUAUGAUGGAGCUAGCAAUAUGAGAGCUCUUGUUGCGGUAGCAAAGAAAAACAUUGAUGUCAACUCUUUUUUCACAACGGCUAAUAGUUUGGUUAAUGUUGUUGGAGCAUCUUGUAAGCGUCGCGAUGCACUUAGAGCACAAUACCAAGAAGAGCUUGUGAGAGCUUUUGAAGAUGAUUGUCUUAUAACGGGGCGGGGCUUAAAUCAAGAAAGGACUCUCAAACGUGCCGGCGAUACACGAUGGAACUCACAUUAUGGUACGUUGAUUAGUAUCAUUUCUAUGUUCCCAUCUGUGGUGAAUGUGCUUCAAAUGAUUGUUGAUGAUAAUCCUAAUGAUAGUUCGGGUGAAGCCUAUAAGUUAUGGAGAGAAAUACAAUCUUUUGAGUUUGUGUUUCACUUAUUUGUAAUGAAAGCUAUAUUGGGAAUAACAAACACUUUGUCUCUAGCAUUGCAAAAGAAAGAUCAAGACAUUGUGAGUGCAAUGAAUUUAGUGAAAACAUGCAAGGAAAACCUGCAGUUGAUGAGGGAUAAUGAGUUUGAAGAAUUGGUUGAGCAAGCAUCCUCGUUUUGUUACAAACAUGAUAUUAUAGUUCCUACCAUGGAUGAGGAAUAUGUAAUUCGAGGGAGAUCACGGCGUAAUGCUCCAAUGAAGACAAAUUAUCAUCGUUAUCGUGUGGAGAUCUUUAUUCAUGUAAUUGAUGGGCAACUUGCGGAGUUAAAUGAUCGCUUCAACGAGAGACUUAUUGAUGCUUGA